AUCUCUUGAGACCAAGAUGGCGGCGGCGGCUUGUGGCGGCCACGGGGGUCGCUUUCUGGCGUCCGGGCUGUUCCGUAACCGGGUGGCCAUCGUGACCGGCGGGGGCACCGGCAUCGGCAAGGCCAUCACCGCCGACCUGCUUCAGCUCGGUUGUAAUGUUGUCAUUGCCUCCCGCAAAUUCGACAGAUUAAAAGCUGCAGCGAACGAGCUAGCUGCCAAAAUUCCACCCACAGUUUCUGCCCAGGUUACUCCUGUACAGUGCAACAUUCGCAAAGAAGAGGAGGUAGAGGCACUGGUGAAAUCAACAUUGGAUCUUCAUGGAAGGAUAGAUUUCCUGGUCAACAAUGGGGGAGGCCAGUUUCCUAGCCCAGCUGAAGCAAUUAGUUCAAAAGGCUGGAAUGCUGUGAUUGAAACUAACUUGACUGGGACCUUCUACUGCUGUAAAGCAGUGUACAAUGCUUGGAUGCAGGAUCACGGAGGUGCUAUUGUCAACAUCGUGGCUGAUAUGUGGAAAGGGUUUCCUGGCAUGUCACACACUGGUGCAGCAAGAGCCGCAGUCGAUAACCUGACCAAAAGCCUAGCCAUCGAGUGGGCCCGAAGUGGAGUGAGAAUUAACUCAGUUUCCCCAGGAGUGAUAUUUUCAGAAACUGCUGUUGCACAUUACAAAGAUGGUGAAGAACAGUUUAAAAGCUAUAUCCAAAAAAUUCCUGCAAAGAGAUUAGGACUUCCUGAAGAGGUAUCUCCCUUGGUGUGUUUCCUGCUGUCUCCGGCUGCCUCUUUUAUCACUGGAGAAACUGUGAAGGUUGAUGGUGGGCAGAGCAUAUAUAGUUCCCCAUGGGAAGUACCAGAUCAUAAUAGAUGGCCACCUGCACCAGAUGGAGAUAAUGCCAACGCACUCAAGAAGAUGCUUUCAGGAAAAGCUUUGUCAAAGCUGUAAAACCAAUGGGGUCAGCCCCCUUCCAUGCCUGUCAGUGGAUAAAUGCUGCCUUUCAGUAAUUGACUGCGAUCUUGAGGAUCACAGCCUCACUGGGGUAACAAACUGUGCCUUAGUUUUUUUAUGAUGAUUCCUCUGAAGAAAGUCCUCCCAGAACCAAACAACUGUCAAUAUCUGCUGUUGCUGCUGGCUUUGAUGUAAAAGGGUAAAUGCAUCUCUCAUGACCUCUGCUUUUGCAAUUUGCACUCUAAGCUCCACUCACUAAAUCUCAUACAUAUGCUGCAUUAACAAGGUGCUGAAGUGAAUUACGGCCAAAGUUCUGUAGCUUGCUAUCAUCACAGCCUUUCUGAUUGCCAUGCAUUGAUUACUCACUUCUGCCAUAAGAGUCUUUGGCACAGCUCCCAGAGAUGAGAGAUGUUGGUGCACAAUAAACUGGUGGUUUGUAUCUA